AUGAAUUUGAAUCAUCCAGAUUUUUUGAAUAAUAACGAUCAGUUUAGACUACCUCCCAAUUCCAACAACUUGGAUUUACAAUCAAGCUCAAAUCCUCAAGAUUCAAGAGAUCCAAAUAGUAAAACAUCAUUUGGUGGGGCUCACACAAGCACAAAUGCUAAUAUCUCGAAUUUGAAUCAAUCAACAAAUUCUAAUAUUAAUGAAUUAAAUAAUGACAAUUUGAACACUUUGUUCAACAAAUUGAAUUUAGAUUUAGAGAAAUCUCCUACAUCAAAACCACAGUUGCCAAUCACUUCACCUUUGGUCAACCCUUUUUCACCAAAUUUGAAUCCUUACAAUUAUAACAUCAAUAAUUUAGAUAGUUUCAAUUUGCCCUUAGAAUUACAAGGAGGUAUCGGGAAUAUCAGUUCUCGUAGACCUUCAUAUGCUGCAGAGUCGUUCACGAGGGAUUUUUUCCUUCCUUCCCAAAGCCAUUUCGGUCAAGGUCAGCCACACCAAAUGCAACCAAUGCCACCAAUGCAUUCACAAGCCCAAGUGCAGGGCCAGGCUGAUUCAAUCAAUACUGGACAAAAUUUGCCUCAAGGUCAGAAUCAGUUUGCAGGGUCUUUCCAGAAUCAAGGCUAUUCAGAGGUGAACAAUCAGAAUUUGAACCAAUUAAAUAAUAAAUUGAAUUUGUUCCAAUAUGCUACUACCAAUAACUAUUUAAACAACUUCAAUCCCCAAGACAAUUUUAAUAAUUUCAAUUUGAAUGCAAACUUCAAUGAUUUCCAAAGUAGAAGGCCCAGUCAAUUGGUUGACUUCUCGUCAUUCCAACCCUUCGACUCAUCACACAAUGUGAAUUCUAAUAAUAACAGGUCUGGAAGUGUUAGUGGAAAUUCUGGAAAUAUGGGAAAUGACUUACAGUUGGAGAACGGUUUGAUUUUCAGAAAUAAUCAAAUUACGUCUUCUCCAGACUUGAAGCAGAUUUUCGGCAAAACAACUAAAUAUUUUCAAGACCCAAAGUUGACAGAUGAAAUUUUAAGUCUGCUCGACAAAUUGUUAGAAAGUCCUAUUAUCCAAAAGCUUAUCACUUUUAUUAAGAAUUUAAAUAAUUUGAAUUUUAACCAUAAAAUCUUGUGUUUGGUGAUAAAUAAAAAUGGUAAAUUUGAUUUGUUGUCAUAUCCAAAUAAUUCCAAUUUAUCAUUGACUAUAAAUGACUUGGUAAUAGUAGACGGUGAUAGGGGUAAAGAUUUGGUAAUGAUUUGUAAACCCAUUGUUGAAUUGAAUUUUGCUAUACUAUUUAAUUUCUUGAAAAAGUUGGAACACUUGAAAUCUUUAAAGAUUGAUGACUCAGUCAACAGCAAUUUGAAUAACUCCACGAUUGCAGCAUCGAACAUAAUCAGCAAUACCAGUCAAGAUAACGAGUUUGUCAUUUCCUUACCCACAAAGCAGGUUUUGAGAUUUGCAACACCAAAGGAAGCCAACAAAAUUUCCGGCAAGUUUCUAGAGGAAAAGAAGGCUUUCAUGACAUGCUUUAAUAAAAUUCAGGAAUUAAACCUCCAAAAUAAUUUAAAAUUGAUCAAUGUUGAGUAUCAAUCUGAUUUCAAAAAAUUGAUCUUUUACUACUAUGCAAAUUUCAAAAGAAUCGAUUUUAGGUCUUUGAUUAAAGAGUUAUUCAAGAUUUACAAGACCAGAAUUUGGCUUUGUGCAAUUUUACCCUAUGACAAUCCUCAGUCGAUUCACAAUUUCAAAAAUCUUAAGCCUUUAGAGAACUUAAUACCUUCCGAAUAUAAGUUGGGGCAAGAUGACAUUUUGAAUUUCUCCAUCGAUAAUUUGAAUACUUUAAAGUAUUCAAAUUAUUUCCAUUCGAUAAACCUCAAGAACUUGAUUAAUUUGUUGGAGAAUGACGUCAAAGGGUUCUUCUAUGGCUUCAAUCCUAAUAAAUAA